CCUCGGUCACCAUGCCGUACUACAGUAGAAAGCCGGCGGCCAUGUCGCUCGAGACCGCACUGGAGGAAGAACGACGGGAAUUACUGCGCGAAUCCGGUGAAGGCAACCACCACCAUGCUAGUUCCUGGUACCCACGCCGGAGUCUGUUGGACAUCGCGCCCAGCCCAGGCUUCGUCCCUCCACGCCAUGGCUCCAUCGCCGGCAUUGGAGUGGGUGUGACUUCCCCCUCGGGCCGUCUCUAUCACCAUCACCACAAUUCUUAUCCCACUUCCUCUACUUCUACUACUACCACAUCUGCCCCCCGUCGCUCUUCGACCCCCACCACUUCCACAGCACCGUCUCCCACCACUUCCUCUCGGCCGCCACCUCUUCCCUCUCCACCCGUCUCACCCUCUACAUCACCCACGUCGUCCACUACCGUUACUACUACUACUACUACCACAACUACUACCUCCCCUCCGCCGCCCAGGACCACUUCUUCCGUGGCUCCUCCGUUACCACCGACGCCGAGGAAAUCCUCCGUUCAAUCCGACGGGGGGGACAAGCCCGGAGACAACCCCGCCACCACCACCACCACCACACACAAAUCAGGCCCUAGCAUCCGCUGGGAUUCGGCUCUCGAUAUGCCUCCCAGUGCUCGUCGUGCCAGCCAGUCUCAAGAGAAGCCUCCCGCCGCUUCCUCCUCGAACCGUCUGCCCAGCAUGGCUGCGGUGAUGUCAGGCCUCGACAUCAAGGUCGGGUUUCCGAGUUUUGUCAGAGGGAGGGAUUCGGGCCGCAGCUCUUCAUCGCGCGGCAAUUCCCUCGACUCGCGCGUUCCCUCACUCCGCUCCACCCGCUCCAGUUCGCCAAAACGCCGCUGGUUGAGUCCUGGUUCACGGAAUCAGCCGGCCGACGCGGCAAAGCCGAUACUCGAAAGCCCCAAGGAGAGCCCGAAUGAAAAUCCCAUGGACAAACGGAAAGAAAGCAAAGAGCCACCUAAAGAGCAUACCGCGGAGAAGCCUACAGAGAGCGUCCAAGACCCGAUCAAAGAGACGCCGAAAGAGAGCCCCAAAGAAGGCUUGACGAUUGCGAGCGCUCCAAAAGUCUCUCCUCCUCCGACCCCUCAGGCAACUCCGCAAGCAACAACCCAACCUCCCUCGGCCCCUCAGUCGCCAACAGAGGCAGAUGCCAGUUUCUCGGCUCCCGGAGAGCAGCGUCUUGAGAAAGAUCGCUUCGACAGCGAAAAUAAUCCCAUCGAGACCAGUGAUGAGGACGGCGACGAAUUGUCUUCCAGUGAUGAUGAGGAAAGUCCGGAUCGUGCGUCGGAAGAAGCCAAAAGAGGGCGGAAAGAGACGGUCGAUCACGAACCUGCUAAGGUGGCUCAGCGCACGACCACGAAAACGGCCCCGGCAUUCCAGCCCAACAACAACUCUACAGGAAAGUCUGAUCUGAUUCAUUCAGCCAAAACAGGCCCAGUCUCGAAGCCGGAUGUCCGUCCCCGAACGAGCUUCGACUCCGCUUCUGCGACCAACACUCCAUUUGGCUCCGAGGAUGAAGCAGAACUGUGUGACAUCAAACGCGCCCAGAAGCUCAGCAUCCAGAUGUCCGCGAUCGACAAUUCGGUGCACAAUCGGUCCAUUCGGACGAUUAUCCGGGGUGAUUAUCCUAGCAUACGGGAAGAAGAAAGUGCUCGUCGCCGCCAACGCAAGUAUCUGGUGACGACUGACCUCAGCGAGGAAUCGGUGUAUGCCUUGGAAUGGACGAUCGGGACCAUUCUGCGAGAUGGGGACACAUUGUUCGCGGUCUGUGCCAUGCAUGACGAGACCGCCACCCCGGCAGCGGUGCAGAUUGGUGACGGAGCCAAGGCCAUGCAGGAUGCUGCCGCCGUGGUUGGGUCGCAGACAGCCGAGACGGUGGAGAAAUCUCAGAACGACUCCAGCUCUCACCUACCCCGUGCCUUUUUCAACCGCCUGGGAAGCGGCACUGACAGCAAACCGGGCUCUGUCGAUGCGCGAGGCAUGUCCAAGGCGGAGUCCGAGCGUGUACGUGCGGUGGAGGUCAUUUCGCAGACGUGCGUGCGGCUGUUGAGGAAGACGUUGCUCCAGGUGCGCGUGGCGGUUGAAGUGAUUCACUGCAAAAGUCCAAAGCAUAUGAUAACCGAAGCCAUUGAUGGACUGGAUCCUACCUUGGUGAUCGUUGGGGCAAGAGGACGAAGCGCACUUAAAGGGGUGGUUCUUGGGUCGUUCUCGAAUUACCUGGUCAUGCACUCGUCUGUCCCGGUGAUGGUGGCCCGCAAGAAGCUGAAGAAACAAACCAAGAACAAGAAGAUGAAUGUCCGCCUUUCCAACAAUUUGACGACGCCAAAGAAGCUUGCAUUGGCCAAAGUGGACUGAAUGAUUGCACCUACUCUCUGCUUUCUCCGUUAUUUGUUUUUGCACACGAUACCAUGACGGUUUGACGGCGGUUUGGCGUACUUAUCUCACGAUUCUAGCCUGCUUUUCUCGUGGAUGAUUAUUCAUUCUUCAACUGUAUCAGUAUGACCUUCAUGACGAGCUGAUCUGAUGAUGAUUUCAUUUCGCUUGGCGUUCGUUUAUUUCGUUGAUUCUCGAUGAUCAGCACAUCUCGGAGGGUGACAAUUUAUGGCGGUUGCAGAAUGCUUUACGAGACGCAUUACUCCCUACUUACUAUGUUUUGAUGCUCUUCUUUUCUCUCUACGAGGGGACAUCUAUUUCCUAAUAAUAUUACC